AUGGAGCAGAAGCUUCUUCUCAUCCUCAUGAUCUGUGGAAUAAACUGUGUUACAGGUUUGAACACCUUCAUGGAGUCAUAUAAAAACUUCUACUUUGUGAAUGAAUACAAAACAUUUGCUGAGGCUCAGCAAUACUGCCGAGAGCAUUACAUUGAUCUGGUGACUCUGGAGGACUGGGCAGACAUGAAGGAUCUUCUGGCUCUUGAAAACGUAAUGAGCACUGACUCUGCCUGGAUCGGACUGAGGAAAACAGGUCAUGAGCAGUGGCGCUGGGCUGAUCCAGAGCUUUACAAGGACAGAGAAACUGAAUACAGAAACUGGGGACCAAGUGAACCAACUAACGGUAGUGAUGAAUACUGUUCAGUAAUGGACUCUAUCGGAAACUUUCGAGACACAGAUUGUCAGACAUACAGCAAAUACAUGUUGGUCAAUGGGCCGAAGUCCUGGAGAGAGGCUCAGAGUUACUGCAGACAGUCUUACACAGAGCUGGUCAGCGUGAGGAACCAGGAGGAGAACCGUCAGAUCCAGCAGCUGAUUCCUGCAGGAGUCUCAUACAUGGGGCUUUUCAAAGACGCUUUCGUCUGGUCCGAUAACAGCACGUCUUCUUUCAGGAACUGGGAUUACUAUCAGCCGGAUAGAUCGGGAGACUGUGUGGUGCAUUUACGACACAGCAGACUGUGGGAUGAUCAGGAUUGCAGUAAAACGAAUCCCUUCUUCUGCUACGACAGAACAGUGGUCAGACAGAUAUUGAGACUGAAGGUGGAAUCGGAUCAGAAUGUGAAUGAUCCCGAUAUAACGGCCACAAUCCUUCAGGAGAUUAAGCAGAAAAUGAUAUACCAGGGUUUGUCAGUGCAUGCUUAUCUGCAAUGGAAGCAGCAAGCAAAUGGAGACGUCUUUCAAAGAGAAGAGAAGACGAGAAAGACAUGAGACAUCACAGAUCAUCUUCUUCUCACCCGUCAAUACAGGGCAGGAUUUUCUGAAAGAGAUGAUAAUUGACUGAAUAAUCAACUAAAAAUCAGUUUUUGGAUCUUGAUCCACCAGAUGAGAAAAGCUGUUCUGUAGUUUCCUUAAAGCUAAAUUUAAUCACUAUAUUUAAAGUCCGUUGUAAAAAAUGAUUGUAACUUUAAUGUUAAAACACUGUGAAAUGUCUUAAUGUCCCUUACUGAAUAUUUAUACUACAUUUAUUUCUAUGAAUUUCUGUAUUAUCCCUAGACUUAUGUUUAUUAUCAUUACUGACUGCUGUUGUAUUAGUUUAA